GUUGCCGACAACGUGACAUUGCCUGCGCAUACUCAAACGGUGCCAGAGCCACCCUCGCCGCUGCUGCGGCUCUAUGAUCUCACCCUACAGCUCGGCCGUUUAGGAUAGUUGCUGUGGUCCGGUGGGUUGCCCGGCCCCGAGCGCCAGGGACAUGGAAGAAUUCGAUUCCGAAGACUUCUCCACCUCGGAGGAGGAUGAAGACUACGUGCCGUCGGGUGGAGAGUAUAGUGAAGAUGAUGUAAAUGAAUUAGUAAAGGAAGAUGAAGUGGAUGGCGAAGAGCAGACACAGAAAACCAAAGGGAAAAAAAGAAAGACUCAGAGCAUUCCGGCCAGGAAGAGAAAACAAAGCUGCCUGUUGUUAGAGGACGAAGAGGAGGAUGCCAAGACAAAAUCCGGAGGAAGCAGCAGCGAGGAGGAUGGGGUAGGAGAGGUGGAGAAAGGCACUGGGCCUGAGGACGCAAGGCGGAAGAAGGAGGAUGAGCUCUGGGCUAGCUUCCUCAAUGACGUGGGACCAAAGUCCAAAGUGCCCCCGAGCACACAGGCGAAGACAGAAGAACAGACUGAAGAGACAACUUCAAGUAAAUCGUUGAUCAAAACAGAAGAGCUAGAGAAACCUAAAGAAGCAGAAAAAGUUAAAAUCACUAAGGUGUUUGAUUUUGCUGGUGAAGAAGUAAGGGUGACUAAGGAGGUGGAUGCUACAUCUAAAGAAGCCAAGUCCUUCUUCAAGCAAAAUGAGAAAGAAAAACCGCAGUCCAGUGCCCCUUUGGCUGCGCCGUCACUCUCUGCUGGGCCAGGGUUAAAAAGGUCAAGUGGCAUGAGCAGCCUUUUGGGGAAAAUUGGAGCCAAGAAGCAGAAAAUGAGCACCCUUGAGAAAUCCAAAUUGGACUGGGAGAGCUUCAAGGAGGAAGAAGGAAUUGGUGAAGAACUGGCUAUCCAUAAUCGAGGAAAAGAAGGGUACAUUGAACGGAAGGCUUUUCUAGAGCGUGUGGACCACAGGCAGUUUGAAAUUGAACGAGAUCUCAGGCUGAGCAAAAUGAAGCCUUGACGUGGAGAAUCCAUAACAGCUCAAUCCUGUUGACAAUGUGAGCUUUCUAUGCAUCUGUGAAUCUCUUCCAGCGUCCUCUUCUACUAUUACCCAGCAAGGUCUUUUUUCUAUAUGAGGUUUUGUUUGUGUAUCUUGAUCUCACAUGGUUUCACUCAUUUUAUUUUUAAAAGUUUGUCCUUAAAAAAGUAAAUAAAGUCAGUCCUCAGCAAACGUGGAGAAGACAAAGACCUCACUCACCUCCCUUUACUCUGCUGCACAGUCCAGCAGGAGCCCUCCAGCACAUCCCAGGCCUGCUGGGAAGGCGGAGGUCUGGCUGCUAUGGUGGAGAGAGCUGACUGGCUGGAUUGGAUGGAGCCUUUGAGGCCUCAGCACUCUCCAGAGUCAGCUGUGUGUUGAAGACCCAGGGAAGGAAGCUUGCUGGGGUGCAGUGACAUCGAGUCCUGGGUGUUCUCGAUUCCGCUCAGGCUUCUCUGCUGAUCGCUGUCUCCUGAAUGAGAUUCUUACUGAUACCAUGUAAGUCUGAAAGUUAGGAUCUACUGUUGCUGCAUAGGGUUCUCCCAUUUGUGUCUUUUUCUUUUGUUUCCAAAGAAAAGUCAACAUCAGGUCAUCUCAGUAAUUCUUUAAUUUUGGUUUCUCAAAGAACAUUCUACAAUACUUCUUUUGCACACACCUGCAGUCCCAGCACUCUGCAAGCUAAGGAAGGGGGAUCACUGAGUUUGAAACCCUGGCCAAAAAAAAAAAAAAAAGACUCCUUUAUUUAUUACAAUCUGUAAGAAAAGGCUCCUUAGGAGGCUAUUACAAGUUUGAGUCCAGUCUGGUCAAAGUAGCAAGAUCUUAUCUCAAAGAUUUUUUUUUUUUUUAAGAAGAACCACUGAGGAGAUAGCUCAGUGUGAAGGCCCAGGGUUUAGUCCCUAGUAAUAGCAAAGAAAAAAAGCUUUAAAUUCCAAACUUCCUGCUUAGAAUUAAAUAUUCGCUAGGGAGAGGAGAAAAAGAAUAAGAAGCAAAUUUUUGUUGAAGAAGGAAGUGAGAGUAGAGACCAUUCAUGUUAGUAAAACGUGAAAUUGCACAACCUGCUCUGGAGUGGGAGGGUAGAGGUGGGGUUCCAGAGUGGAAUCUCUUUCCUGCCCAGACAGCUACCAGCUGUGCGACCUGGACCACCAGUCAGUUUUCUGAGCCUGAGGGACUAAACAAGCUGCUGACAGCCUGAUGGGGCCCAUCCAGGCCUGUGCAGUCAGUGUUCUUGGUAGCCAAAACAUGAUGGCCUGUGCUGGAUGGUGAGGGUGUUGGAAAUACUACUUCCCAUAAAGGUAGUUUACAAGCUGCAUGUGAACCCACUCUGUCACAUCCACUCUGAUAAAGGACUCUUAAAAGUGGCUAGAAAUCGUUUCAGACCAGCAUCAGAACAGGUGGCCUGUGAAGUCUCAGCUGUUUCUGCACUGGAACCCAGGAAUAACAGGAAGGUGCUGUUAUUCCAGCCAGUGCUUUGAUCAGGGUAGGCCCCACAGACCCACAGUGGGGGCCAGCUGAGGUUUAAGGCGAAGGCCCUGCCUGAGCUGCUGCCUGGCCCGUGGCCCUCACCCACUACAUUGGCUGCAGCUUCCCCGAGUGCUCUGGAACUCUGCACUCCAUUUCACAGGCUUCAUCGCAGUGGCUGCUGUGCCACCAACACAGGAGCUGGCUCUUCUCCCUGUUUCAAAAUGAUCUGGACCAGGGUUCUUCUGUUCAUGAAUAGUUACACCUUUGAAGCCUAAGAGACUAGAAGGGAAGCUGCAGGACAGGUUGUGCUCCAGGACAUGGGAAGUGAAGGAUGGUAGUCAGGGGGAAUCACAGCUGUGCCUUGGCCUCGCCUGCCUGCUUGAAAGAUCCAGUCCUCUCUGAGGUUUCUCCUUCUGUGCCCUGCAUUCAGUAAAGGUCACACUCUGUGGAAAGGUCACUUCCUUUCUGCCCCUUUUGAUUAGGUGCACAUUUUCUCCGCAGGUGUGCUGUGCACUCCUGACUCCACAUAGUGAACUUUUUACCUGUGAAUCUUGGAAAGCCUCUCCAGUCUUAGUCUCUUUGAAAGGAGCUGGCUGUUAUCAGGAGAUGCAUAACUGUAUGCGUCAUUCCUGCGAAAGAGGCCCUUCAUCCUAAUGUCCCACUCUGAUAUCUUAAACUGAUUUGCUGUGACUUCAGCUUCUCCUUGACCUACAUGGAGCCUCAACCGUGUGUGUGUGUGUGUGUGUGUGUGUGUGUGUGUGUGUGUGUGUGUGACACAGAGAGAGAGAGACUCACUGUGUAGUUGAAGUUAACUUGAAAUCAUCAUGUAGCUCAGGCUGGCCUCAAACUUGCAGCAGUCCUCCUUCCUCAGCCUCCCAAGUGCUAGGAUUACAGGUGUGUGCCACCAUGGGUGGAACCUCAUCUUUAAAAGCCUCCCAUUCUGACCACACUCUGUCUGAUUAACAAUGCACUUGCCCCAGCUGACACCUGUGCAGGAACUUAUGUGCACACAUAUAUGGUGCCUUAGUACCCUUACAGCAGGGUAUUAAUGUCUCACUGGUCACAGCUGUAGGCCACCUGGAAAAGUACUUACUAUUUCCAGGCUUUACUGUGAAAGUCAGAUUGAGAGAAGAGAAUUUAGGCUUAGGUGAUAGGCCAGCAGCCAGCCAGUAUACCUGGCACAUUUGUCUUUGUCAUAACCAACAGCCUUUUUUCCCUUUAAUUUUAAAAACUGUCCCAGAAAAGGGGGUAGAUUUAAAGAUGAAACAAGAUGGGCCAUGUGUUCGUAAUUGUUGAAACUGGGAGAAAAGUGUACUUGAUCCAUUUUGCUAUUCUCUAUUUUUAUGAGGAUUUUAAUUUUCAUAACAAAACAUUUUUUUCUAAAUAGUCCCAGAGCUCUGUGCAAGAAACGACUUUCAAGCUGUAUGUGGUGGUGCACACCUGUAAUCUCAGCAUCCUGGAGACUGAGGCAGAGGAUUGCUGAGAGUUUGAGGCCAGCCUGGGCUACAAAGUGAGUUUAAGGCCAGCCUGAAACCCUGUCUCAAGUCAAAAGGGGGAAAGAGAGAGAGACAGAGAGAGAGAGAGAGAAGGCGGAGGAGGAGAAAAGGAAGGACUUUGAAGUGCUCAGAGCUGGACCAAGAAAGCACAGAAGUGGUAGGAAUGUAGGAUGUGGUCUCUGUCUCCUAAGAUCCUGUGCCUGUUUUAGCACCUCAGAAAGCAAGCUUUGCAUAUUCUGCCACCUCAUCCUCCUCUGCUGUCUUCUGUCCAUUGCUUACUGUGGUGGGUCAAGGUCAAGGAACAGAGGAAUCGGUAACUGAGACAGGCCCUGUGUUGGCCACGAGCCACUGUUUUCUGUGUGAGAGGCUGUUUCUUGUAGGUGUGAACCAGCGCCAGGAGCCUCCUCAGCCCUUGCACAGCCAUGUGCAGUGGGCUGAGGAACUGGGGCUGCAUCGUGCAGGGUCUGGUACCUGCCAGGGGCCCAGGCAGAGGUCUGAGCACAUGGGCAUCCAUGGAGGGUACCUCAGACAUGUAGAGGCCACUGUUGGGCCUUCUGUCUGGUUAUCUGGGCUGCUGCCUCAGCUGCAUUGCCCCCUUUUCCAUUCUCUUCCUAUGUCACUUUCAAAUGCCUGGCCUUCCCCAGUGGGGCCAUCCAGGGCAGGGGUGCUGAUUAAGCACAUUUGUAUUCAGUCAAGAAUCACCUUUGGGGGCUGGGCAUGUGAUUCAGUGGUAGAGAGUGCCUAGCACCUUCACAGUCCUUGUUUUCAAGUGCUGUUUCAAAAAAAAAAGGCCCAUUUCAUCAGAGUGUCCUACAAACCAUGGCAGACUGUCUGGCCCAUGGUUUGUGAGGACAGGGGGAUCAUACUUUAUCUGCCUCUUCAAAUUCACAUUUGGUGGAAAUUCACUCCCAAAGGAAAAGAUGUCCCGUUAUCCAGGAGUCGGGAACUGUCAGGGAAAUGUUUGCGGGAAGUGGGAAGUGGCAAGAAUGAGUCAGUGCCCGGGCAGGUCGGCAGCCUUGGGCCAGCUCCAGUGUCCGGCCCUCGCUGUGGCCUGAGUGAGUGGUGCACCCGUCCAAGGACACCUCUUAGCUAUCCUGCAGAGUCCAGGGACUCCCCAGGAGUUGAGCCUCCUGCCUUGCCCUGACCGGCAGUCCUGUUUCUUUCCUUCUUUCCGUGUCCCAGUUGAGUGUCAGAUUUCCAGGUCACCUAUUACCUUCUCCUUACUGAAAAAACUGCCCUGAAUCUGUGUAAGGUCAAAGAAGGAAGCAUCCUCUCCCCAUGCUCCCCUCCCGAGUCCUGAGGACCAAAGUGCUCUAAUUAGGAACUGAGCAUGAGGCCUCUCGAGGGCCUGAGAACUAAACCUGAAGUGCACUCAGUGCUGUCAGAGCUAAUCAGGAGGAACUAGGUGAGGGCCCUGGCGGAUGGUCCACCUGGGGCCUGUACUCACAGCAGGUCAGCUGAGCAGCUGGCACCGCAGAAGGACAUGGGGCACACUAGGGAGGAGCAUGGCAAUGCUGCCUCUGUGCCCAGGAAGGUGAUGGGCUUCCCAGGUGGUUGCCAAGCUGAGCUGGCCCCAAGUGGCAUGGCAGGGCAUAUGUGGUUGGUGGGUGCAGUCUGGUGGGACUUGGGGCAAGGGGCCUACAGCAAGCACUUAGCAGACUGCUACCUUUGGAUGUGAGUCCCUUGCCAGAGCUAGAAGCAAUCAGGCAUUUUGGGAACACUCAUGGCACAGAACUGAGCAAUCAGGAAGUGGUAUGAGCAUGGUGGCUCCUGGGCAAAGAGCUCUUGAGCAGAAGAAGCUCAUCCUGGUAUCAAUGAGGAAUCCAUGGUCCCACAUGCCAGGGCCUUCUUUCAGCUGUCUGUUAGGACCCCUCCAUUUCCCAGAGGAGAUGACUUGUCUGAUUCCCCAGGCACCAGCCAGUGGUCCCAUGCGCAGGGCACAAAUGCAGGGCCCCAAGGGGAGCGGCAAGAUGAACAACUUCUCCUUACCUUCUGCCGCCUCUGCUGCUGAAUGGCUCCUGGGAAGGAAGAUUGGAGUGCCAGGAGAUGGACAAACUCCGGAUGUGGAGACAGACUGAAAGGAAUGGCAGCUGACCUCCCAAAGAUGAGGUGCACCGGCCACAACCUGAGUCCUGACCAGUAUAAGGGCUCUGCAGGGGCAAGUGUACUGCUGAGAAGCUCUCCCGGACACUGGCCCAGCCUCCUCUAUAAAGUUCUUUGUGGGUGUGUGCAUGUGUGUGUCUUCUUGGGACAGGGUCUCACUAUGCAGUUCAGGCCAGCUUUGAACUCAGUAGCUCAGGCUAGCCUCAAACUUGAGGCAAUCCUCCUGCCUUAGCUUCCUAAGUACUGUGCCCAGAGAUUACUGGCAUGCGCCACCAUGCCUGGCCUAUCCACAAAUUCCUUGCAUGCUGCUGCUUUGUAUAUGUGUUCUAAGGAAACUUGGAUCCAAAAAUCCAGAUGCCGUUUUUUUCCACAGGCAAGUUGACCUCAUCAAGGAACUGGGAAGGGAAAGUUGAAUGGAGUCCUCCCUUGGCCCUGCAGCGGCUCUGACCACACAGCCCUCCUUGGUUUGCACCUCUCUCCUUGUCUGAGACCCCAAAAUGGGCAGACUUUCCAGAGUCUCUGCAUACCUAAGGGACAAGGUGGCUAAAUCAGGAGGGUGACCCUCAGGCUCAGGCACAGUGGGGCACCCUGCCUCGAACUUUCCUCGCUCUGAUACUGCUGAGUCCCUCAGCCUCUCUGAGUCUCAGAUUCCUCACUUCAAGAUGCAGCUAAGAACCUUGGUACAUUGUAUUAAGUGAAGCCACUCUCCUGGGGAUUUAGCUCAGCGGCAUAAGCGCCUGCCUUGAAAGCAGGCAGUCGUGAGUUCGAUCCCCGGUACCGAUAAAAAGGAAAAAGAUUAAAAAAAAAAAAAAAAAAAAGUGAAGCCACUCUCCGGGUGCUAAGAUACUGUAAUUCAGCUGUGUGCCUCCUCACCCCCAAGAAAGCCGAGCUAUCGGAGUAAAAAUUAGUACCACUCUGAAGAACACUUGGUGUUGCCUCACAAAUCUGGAGCCGAACCUGGCCACAACACAACUUUUUGGGUUUACAUCCCAGAAGCCUUGGUGUGUACAAAAGGAGGCAGGGUUAUUGGCAGUCAUCAAUCCCUGGAAACCACUGUAGUAGGGGAAACAUUUCUCCUGUAUCCUUAGGGUUGCAGAUUAAAUGGAUAUUAACAGAUUAACAGAAGAAAAACAUAAACUAUAUAAACUUUAGCUUUUUGUUUUUCUUACAUAGAAGUCUUUAAGUCUUGCAUAGAAGUCUUUAAGAAAUAUGAAGAUGCAAAGAAGCAGAGGUGAAUGUUUAUAUGCUGAGCUGGAGGACAGGGAAGUGGUUCAGGGUUGGUACACUUGCCUCACAUGCAUGAGGCCCUGGGUCCCAUCCCUAGCACCACAAUAGUAAAUGUUUAUGUGCACACAUACAUGAACUGAAUUGAGUCAAGGAUUACUGUUGAAAUAUGGGGGGGGGGGCAGUUCCCAGGACCUUCAAAUUUAGCUGCGUCCCCACCCUUUUUUUUUUUUUUUUUUUUAAUUUUGAGACGGUCAUACUAAGUUGUCCAGCUAGGCUCAAACUAGGCUCAAAGCUGCCUUAGCUUCCCAGAGAAUAGGGAUUACAAGCAUUUAUCAUCACACACAGGAGCAAAAAAUGAUUGGGAAAAUGUGACAAAGCAAAGGGUCCUGAGCUAAGGUCAGUGACUGGGGAAGUGACAAAAUAAGAGUGAGUUAGUCUAAGUUUGCAUAUGCAGAUUUCUCUCUGCCUUCCUAGGUGACAAAAACAUCUUUCCUUCUGGAGUAGGGAGGACACAUUUCACAUGGGUAUUUUACCUACUGCUAUUAAGAGGAAGAAGAAUGGUCAGAAUAUCCUUCUGGCAUCUACUCUUUCAGGGAGUCAAUAGUGCAGAGUAGCAUAUUUUGUGAUGGCCUAUUCUGAACACCACCACCCAGUGACCCCCAGGAAAAUGGGUCUGUUGUAAAAUAGACAUGCACCAGCACAUGAUUCGGCUGCGGAGAGAAUGAGCUGGGGCCGGGUGCAGGUGAGAGCCUUGUAGCCAGCAUGGAUGCCAAAAGCAAGUGCCAGGCACAAUGGCCUACACCCAUCAUCUCAGUUACUCAGGUGGCUGAGGCAGGAGAAUCACAAGUUCCAGGCCAGGGGCUGGGGAUUUAGCUCAGCGGCAUAAGCACCUGCCUUGCAAGCAGGCGGUCGUGAGUUCAAUCCCUGGUACCAAUAAAAAUGAAAAAGACAAAAAAAAAAAAAAAAAAAAAAACAAGUUCCAGGCCAACCUGGGCAAUUUAGUGAGAUUUUGUCUCAAAAUGAAAAAGUUUAAAAGGACUGGGAAUGUUGCUAAGGGUAGAGUACUUACCUAGCAUUUAUGUGGCCCUACAUUCAGUCCCCAGCACCACAAAAAAUAAAAUGGUUAGUGUUAUAUCCUGUGACUUGAAUUAAAAACACAAAAUGUACUCUGUAUUGAUUGGUUUAGAAUGCACUGAUACAGUGAUAAACAGGCUCAGCUGGUGGACACCACUUAAUGGAAUAGGGAAGAUCUUAUGAUAAGAUGCUGAAAAGGGCAUUUACAGGUGCAGCACAUGGUUUAAUUCAGCAGGGAGUGACAUAGAUAAUUCUUGCACAUUCAUCACAUCCUGUUUUUCUGACGUGUUUCAGUAUCUCAUCUCAGCCUCCCAGAAUCCAAGGGAAGGACAGUUCAAGGAUGGAAGCGUUGCCAUGGUGAUGCAUUUGCUGCCUUUCAGGAACUUUCUCUGCGUGUCAUUCUGGGAUAGCAGACAUCCCAGGGUGAUCCCCCAAGUGGGUCCUGGAGCAGAGUGACUCACACAGGUGCCCGCUACUUCCCUUGAAAGGCCAGCUCUGAGUGGCAGGGGGAGCUGAAGGGACCGGGCCAGGCCUUGAGGUCCCUCCUAGCUCAGCUGCCUGGUAGGACCAUUCCUGCCAGCCAGUGGCAUGAAGCCUGAGAGUCAGCCUCCAUCACAAACACUCCUGUCAUGGCCCUGACAAACACAGAGAUGGGAUAUGAGAGGCCACAUGUUAUGCUUUGUGUCUAGAUGUCCCCCCAAAGCUUUGUGUGGUCACAGAUGGGGCUUUUUCAGAAGUGGCUGAAUCUAGAAUGUGUGACACAGAAUUAAUUCACAGUGCACUACUAGGAUCAAGGACAGUUGCAUCAAGUGUGUGAAAACUAGUUGCCCUAAAUAGCCUGGAUAAGGUUUAAGGGAUAGAAAGAGCUGUGGUCAUCCCUUGUUGCUUUGCUACUUUCUGCUCACCAUGAACUUUUUCUCCUCUGUGAUGCGUGUCUGCCAUGCCACCCUGUCUUAAAGCCAGCUGAUUAUGGACUGAAAUCUUUACAAACUGUGAGCCAAAUAAACGUUUCCUUCUUUAA